AUGGACGUGAACCUGGACCUGACAAAGACUGAACUUAAACUGGGGUACUUAUACACAGGAGCUUGUGUGUUUAUCAUGAUAAUCCGCUGCCACAUCCCGUCAUCGCUCGCAGUAAUCCUCCGGACCACGGACAAGAUCGUGUGGGCAAAUGAGUUUGAGCCCGUUGAGCUGACCUGCUUAAUAGAGUCCAUCUCCACCAACAACCCGAGGAUUGAGUGGAAGAAGAUUAGGAAUGGCAUCCCAAGCUAUGUUUACUUUCAAAGGAAAAUAUCAGGCGACUUGGAAAACAGGGCGCAGCUUAGAGAGCCAGCCAACAUUCUGAUCUUCAACACCACCCGCACAGACACGGCCGAGUACCGUUGCGAGGUGGCCGCCAUUGACGAUCAGAGGGACUUUGAUGAGAUUCUAAUUAGUCUUGCUGUGAGAGUGAAACCCGUGGUGCCCCGAUGCAGCGUACCCGAGGCGGUCACAGUGGGCACGUCGACCGAACUCCGGUGUCUUGAGAAUGAGGGCUUCCCGGCACCUAUCUACCGCUGGUUCCACAACAACGAGGAGCUUCCCCAGGAUCCCAAGAACACCCCCAAGUUUACCAAUGCAACAUACACCAUUAACACAGACACAGGAAGCCUGAAAUUCCGAAGGGUGAGGAAGGAGGACGCGGGGGAAUACUACUGCCAAGCCAAGAAUGAUGCCGGCCACGCCCAGUGUCCCUCCCAGUGGAUGGAAGUCUAUGACAUUGACAUCCUCGACAUCGUCCUCAAGUCUGUCGGUGGCGUGUUAGCAUUGUUCUUUGUGAUUGGCUGCAUUUGGCAUUGUCUUUUACGCGCCUUUUCCACCAAAAAAGGACACAACGAAAACGAAUUCAGUUGGCCAGCACAGAACGAUGGUGUUGAGUAUGGCGAUGCAGAUGAGGGACAUUUCCGCCACAAGUCAUCGUUCAUCAUCUGA